AUGGCUGACAACGACAACAACAAUCACGAGGAGACCAUCCUCGUUGUCUUCACUUCGAACACUCAACGACAAGACAUUCCACGUAAUGUCACUUCUGUCCGUGUGCACGUCCAAGUCUUGCCGGUUUGGGCCCUCAGCAAAUUGCCUCACCUCGAAACAGUGGAGUUUCCAAUGGGAUUCCGCGUCAUCGGAAAGAGUGCAUUCCUUGGCUGCACGUCCUUGCAAGAAUUGGCGCUGCCGCUUUCCGCCAAAGAAAUUCGAGCAGGUGCCAUGGCCGGGUGUAUGAAAUUGAAGACGGUUCAGUUGAACGAAGGUCUAGAAGACAUUAUGGACGCUGCCUUUCAGCAUUGUCGUUCGUUGACACAUAUAAUCAUUCCACCAACUGUCGAGACUUUGGGAAAUCUUCUAUUUCAUGGAUGUCACAGUUUGUGUUUGGUCAAUCUCCCAGAAGGAUUGCAGUUCUUGGGUCGGAGUGUCUUUAUGCAAUGCCAUUCACUGCAACGCAUUUACGUUCCUUGCACUGUCAACUAUAUUGGAGCCUAUUGUUUCAAGGAUUGUUUUCAAUUGCAAUCCAUCGAGCUUCCCCCUAGUGGACUAAAAAUGAUUCGAGUCGAAGCCUUUUGUCGUUGUUCCAACCUAAGGAAUAUUUGUAUUUCUCCUGGAACCGUGUUGGAAGGGGGUUAUGAUCGAGUAUUUGAUCAAGAUUCCUUGCUUCUUUGCAAAGAGGACGACAAUAUUCCUAAUUUGGACCUGGACCUGGAUUUUGAUCCAGAAUUCUUGGAGAACGAAAACAUUGAAUGGUCGACUCCGAAAGCGGAGAAAGCCAUCUCAAUUCAGAACCGAUACCAAGACCUACCUAUUCUCAGACUUUGCUACUACCAGGCUCAUUGGUCUUCACUAGAAGAGGAUUCAGAAGGAGGAACAAACAGCAUUGUUGAAGAAAUGGAACGUUUGAUAAAGUGCCAUUGUGACUCUAGGACCAAGGGCGACCUGGACACCAAAGUGGCACCCAAGACGACGACAAGCACGCAAGAUCAUGUAUCCAUGACCCCACUGCACAUUUUGGCCCUGUCUGCCAAACCAAAUCGUGCACUCUGGAAUUUGGUGUAUUGUGCUUUCCCUGGUGACUUGCUGGUCAAGGACAAGUGGGGAAAAGAACCCCUCCAAUAUCUAUUGGAAUGCAGUAGUAGUAUUGAGAAUGACUUUUCCAUCGAACACAUUUUGCAAGUUGCUAUACCAGAGCGAUUGCAAUGUCGUCUCAGAUUUUUGGGUGAACAAUGGAGAAAUGAGUUUCUUCAACGUAUUCAUGAUUUACCAAUGGACGGGACGAGAGCCACAAGACGAAAUAGCGCCAAUCAAAUCUUGACGUUAGCUUACAAAUAUGAACGAAUGGAAGCAGUAUCACUAUUGGAAUCCGCUGUUUGGAAGGCCCAGUGGCAACGGAUGGUCGAGCCUAGUAAGCCUGAACCAAAAGUAACGGCAAAAGCAGAAGAAAAACUGGAGUCUACAAUUCCACCAGGUUCCUCUCAUGACUUGACCACCAUAACAGCUCGCGAGACCUGCCGCCUUCAGUGUCGAUCGGAAGCAGUGGUGUGUAACGUGAUGCAGUUUCUCGACCCACUGUUACAGCAGCUCUCCUUGGAAGACCCAAUAGCCCAAUUCUAG